AUGUCUGUUGCCUUGCCCUACUUCAAAGACGCAAGCCUGCUGCCCGGCCCGCUGCCGACCCAGGAAGAGAUCGAGACGGCAACCGAGGCGCUCCCCACGAUCCGAGACCCAACUUACGACGGCCGGAUUGUGGUGAUCAGGAAUCUGUAUGUGGUCAAAUAUGGCAACUUUGUGAUGGAGAACGAAGGCCAUGUGCUGCUCUACAUCGAGCGCCACCUGUCGAUUCCCGCACCGCGUCUGUACGCCAUGUACCGGAAGGACGAAAAGCUGUAUAUCGUGAUGGACUACAUUCCCGGAGAAAACCUGCACACGCUCUGGCCGUCGCUGUCGACGGUCGAGAAGAGCUUCAUCCUGGGCCAGCUACGCGCCAUACUCGACAAGAUGCGAUCGCUGCCGGCCCCCGAUUUCUUUGGCAGCGUCGCCAGAGGGCCGGUGCCGUACCGCUACUUCUACUCCAGAGAUCAAAACCCAGCCGUCACCGGGCCGUUUGCAAACGAAGCGGACUUUAGCAUGGCGCUCGCAGAGAAAUCGCGGUUGAACUGGGCAGACACCAACCAGCCCGGAUGGACGUCCAGGUUCUUCGCGCGCAAUCUGCCCGUGGCACUCAAGGGCCAUGACUGCGUGUUUACGCACUCCGACCUGCAUCCGCAGAAUAUCAUUGUUCAGCAACAGCAACAACCGGCCGACUCGCGGUCGACGAUGAAGUAUUAUAUCGUCCGCGCCAUCAUCGACUGGGAGACGGCCGGCUGGUACCCUUCGUACUGGGAGUACGCAGCGGCCUUUGCGCUUCUACAGUGGACGGACGACUGGCCGGAGAGUCUGGAGGCGGUUGUAGACCCUUGGCCGCUGGAGGCUGCCAUGCUGAAGUUUGUGCACCGGGACCUGGAGCUGUAG